AUUAAAAAUGUCAAAGACCAAAUCCAUAGCGUCAAUGGAGUUUCAAUCGCCGGUGGUAACCACGGUAGACUGCCAGAACCAAGUCCAAUCAUGGCGUCUCCUCCGUUCAAUCAUUAAGCUUCUCAUCCCAACUUGCAACUCCACAUUAGUCCAAGAACUAGAAAAAGAAAACCCUAACUUGAGAAGCAAGAAUUUCUACAACGACAUCAAAUCACGCACUUCCUCUUUCCGUUCCUCUUCUUCCCUUUCUUCAUCCACGGUCACAGGAACCAUCUUCGGAUACCGUAAGGGGAAAAUCAAUUUCUGUAUCCAAACACCACGAAAAUCGACAAACCCCGAGCUUCUUCUCGAGCUAGCCGUUCCAACAACGGUCUUAGCUCGAGAAAUGAGAGGAGGAGAGUUACGUAUAGUCUUGGAAAGGAACAACCAAGAAGAAGAGGGUGACUCUGUUUCGUCGAGGCCGUUUUGGAACAUGUAUUGUAAUGGAAAGAGAGUUGGGUACGCAAGAAAACGCAGUCCGUCAAAGGAUGACAUGGCGGCGUUAACCGCUUUGAGUAAGGUUGUUGUCGGAGCUGGACUUGUGACUGGGAAAGAACUUGGCCGGUUCGAUGAUGAGUUGAUGUAUUUGAGAGCUAGUUUCAGAAGAGUUUGUGGUUCGAAGGAAUCUGAAUCUUUCCAUCUGAUUGAUCCAGCUGGGAAUAUUGGACAAGAACUCAGUAUCUUUUUCGUCCCAUCAUCGGUUUGAUUCAGUUAUGCCGGUGAUGA